AUGGUUAGAACUAUUGCAACAGGAUUGGAAGUGCCUCGUCCGGCACCAAAAUUGCCCAAAAAUGUAAAGGAUAUGUUCUCGCUAAAAGGUAAAGUUGCAUGCAUUUCAGGAGCAUCCUCGGGCAUCGGUGGUGCCGUAGCAGUGGCUUUCGCACAAGCUGGAGCUGACAUUGCAGUGUGGUAUAAUUCGCACGACGGGCUGAUUGAAACUGCCAAAGAAUUGGCAAAAGAAUACAAGGUCAAGGCCAUCGCAUACAAGUGUCCCGUCACAGAUGAAAAGAAGGUGUACGAUACGAUCCAACAGGUGCUAAAAGAUUUUGGGGGCAAGAUCGACGUUUUCGUGGCAAACGCAGGUAUAGCUGGAUCUUCAGGUUCACUUGUGGAGGCCGAAGAACGUGGGGAAGCGUCAGAAGAAUGGGACAGGAUUUUGCAAACCAACUUCCAAGGUGUGUACUACUGUAGCAAGUUCAUCGGGUCCGUUUUCAAAAAACAAGGUCAUGGCUCGUUGAUCGCCACGGCUUCGAUGUCGGGCCACAUCGUGAACGUUCCGCAGUUGCAAACGUGCUACAACGCAACCAAAGCCGGUGUCAUCCAUAUGGCCAAAUCUCUGGCAGUCGAGUGGGCGAGCUACGCCCGGGUCAAUACCGUAUCUCCCGGAUACAUCACUACGCCUAUCAGUGGGUUUGCGGCCGAUAAAAUUAAGGAGCGGUGGUUGGAAUUGACCCCAUUGGGUAGAGAGGGCUUGCCAGAAGAAUUAGUGGGAGCAUAUCUAUAUCUGGCUUCGGAUGCAUCCACUUUUACCACGGGUUCCGAUAUUAUCGUGGACGGUGGAUACUGCUGUAUUUGA